GUGAUCGCUACUUUCACGUGUUCAGGAGAAAAGGAAGUAGAUUUGGCUAUUCAAAGUGCAAAGGCUGCCUUUAAAAUAUGGAGUAGAAAAUCUGGCAUGGAGCGGGGCCGAAUCCUUUUGGAGGCUGCCAGGAUAAUAAGGGAACGGAAGGAUGAAAUUGCCACCGUGGAGACCAUCAACAAUGGCAAGUCUGUGUUUGAGGCCCGGUUGGACAUUGAGACCUCGUGGCAGUGCCUGGAGUAUUAUGCGGGCUUGGCUGGAUGCAUGGCUGGUGAACACAUCCAGCUCCCAGGAGGGUCCUUUGGCUAUACCAGGAGAGAACCUCUCGGGAUAUGUGUGGGCAUAGGCGCCUGGAACUACCCUUUUCAGAUUGCCAGUUGGAAGUCCGCUCCAGCUUUAGCUUGUGGUAACGCCAUGGUCUUCAAGCCAUCUCCCUUCACGCCCGUGUCCACGUUGCUGCUGGCUGAAAUCUACACUGAAGCCGGCGUGCCUCCAGGGCUCUUCAAUGUGGUGCAAGGAGGCGCUGCCACCGGCCAGUUUCUGUGCCAGCAUCCUGAUGUGGCCAAAGUGUCCUUCACUGGAAGCGUUCCCACUGGCGCAAAGAUCAUGGAAAUGUCGGCAAAAGGCAUCACACCUGUCACCUUGGAACUGGGAGGCAAAUCGCCGCUCAUCAUCUUCGCCGAUUGUGAUAUGGAGAAUGCCGUGAAGGGGGCGUUGAUGGCCAACUUCCUCACACAGGGCGAGGUUUGCUGUAAUGGCACAAGAGUAUUUGUACAAAAGGAAAUUCUUGGUAAAUUUACAGAGGAAGUGGUGAAACAGACCCAAAAGAUAAAAAUUGGAGAUCCUCUUCUGGAAGACACAAGGAUGGGUCCCCUCAUCAACCAAGCACAUCUGGAGCGCGUCCUAGGGUUUGUUAAACUGGCAAGGGAGCAGGGUGCGAAAGUGUUAUGUGGUGGAGACCUGUACGUGCCUGAAGAUCCCAAAUUAAAGGAUGGCUAUUACAUGAGACCUUGUGUAUUAACUAAUUGCAGCGAUGACAUGACCUGUGUGAAACAAGAGAUCUUUGGGCCCGUGAUGUCCGUUUUAUCGUUUGACACCGAAGCUGAGGUUCUGGAGAGAGCCAACGAUACCCCUUUUGGACUAGCAGCUGGCGUCUUUACCAGGGACGUCCAGCGGGCCCACCGGGUGGUGGCCGAGCUCCAGGCUGGAAUGUGCUUCAUCAACAACUACAACGUCAGCCCGGUGGAGCUGCCCUUUGGCGGAUAUAAGAAGUCAGGAUUUGGCAGAGAAAAUGGUCGGGUGACAAUGGAAUAUUAUUCGCAGCUGAAGACGGUGUGUGUGGAGAUGGGCGACGUGGAGUCUGCCUUCUGAAGCCUGUCUGUGGCCGUGUGCGCUGACGGGCGGGCGGGGCAGCGGAGCAUGCAGGGUGAUUCGAGGACGCUUCCGGCUGCUCUUCCCCGCGCACUCCUCUUCUGACUGAGAGGUGCCUGAGGGCCUUCUAGAUAUUAAUCAAGAGAGUAGUGAUUCUCUUCACCCCUAAAAUCUAUGAGAGCCAGCAACCUCCUCCUGGAGAACAGGGAAGGACGAGGUUGUACGUCUUCCUCGGCUGUGACCCAGCACCGAUGUGAAUCCUCUGGCUCCUUUGUAAGCUGGUGGGCUCCGGAGGGGGGUACCAGCCCACGGACUGUCCACUGAGGAAGCCGGCCGUAGGGGCAGAGUGGAGGCUUGGUGACAGAUGGGCCCCAGCCAGCGUGAAUGUCCGCUGGCCGCACGCGGUCAGCUCUGGGCUUCCCCUCUGCCGGGACGGAGGACGUCUCCCGCCAGCUCUCCACCUCCAGCUUGCUCUCCUGGCCACAGGGUGCCUUUCUUUAUAUGUGUCUAAUGUCUUUAUAUGCGGAUGUCAUACACUGAAAUGAAAAUAAACCACACCAUUCAUCCUUUCA